ACUGAGGCAGCAGAGCAGCUGAGUGAGACUAACAAGUGGUUGCCAUGCAGCAGGAGCAAGCGUGCGUGCUUCUGGAGGGAGAGAUAGAGAAACAGAAUGAUAAUGAGUAGGAGGCAGCAAGUAAGGGAGCAUGAGGAGAGGAGCUGUAUCUCUGAGAGGAGACACAUAUCAUAGCUCGAUCCAGCCUCUCCCUCGCUCCUGCGUUUCUCUCUUUAUCUCCAGCUUUGUGUUUAGAUGAGACAUUAGCCUAGCACAGCCAGUAUGUCAGCCACGGACGGAUUAAUGGAUAUGUGUCCGAGGGCUCCAAGGAAGAGGAGUUGUUCGGAAGGCACAGCAGCAACAGGUCUGUGAGGAUGGAACGAUAAUGACGGUAACAUGCAGGCUUCUAAACGCCUGACCCUAUCAGAGGAGAGAUGAGGCACCUAGAUGUUGGUUUACCAUGUGUAGCGUCCACUACAACCACUCCCUUGCUGCCAUGAGCGGAAACGACAUGAUGGCGCACUCUCUGACUCUGGAGCAGAAGACAGCGUUUGCCUUCGUGGGGAUGCUACUGGUGUUCCUGGGGCUGCUGAUAGUAAGGUGUUUCAGGAUCCUGUUGGACCCCUACAGCAGUAUGCCCUCCUCCAACUGGGCUGAUGGCAUCGAGGGGCUGGAGAAAGGGACGUUUGAGUACGCCCUCACUUAACACAGGGACACGCACAUCCAUAGAUGUCCUCGUAAACAGAAAUGCCUAUAGACACAUGUACAUACACAUGGACACGGAUACACUUGCACACAUGCAAACACACACAGAAGCCACAGCCCUGCACAACCAUUGCACCUGACACACCAUUAAGACAUCUCUCUGUGACGGACCGAACUAAGAGACUGAAGCUGUGUAUGUUGUUCAAUGUGUGUGCACUUUUAGUUCAGAGCCAGUGUGGAGUGUCUCUACUGUAUGUGACUACAUGUCUGUUGUUGUGCGUGUCUGAGCGAGUGUGAUGCAGAUGCUGUGUCAUAUUCUUUGCCCUUCUGCCAGGGGGUGUGCAUUUCAGCUCAUUGAUUUACACAGAAAUGGCUGAAGCUCCCUUUAACCCAUACCUACAAGCUGAAUGUCUGUAGAUGAUAAGAGGUUGAUGCUCGUGGGACAGGGUGGGGAAUUAAGAGUGCAGUGGGAUUAUUCAGAUGUAGUUUGAAGACUCAGGGACAAGAAUCCUUAUAUGAACUCAGAGUGGGAAACACAGUGGUUGCACCUCUGCACAGCAGAGCUGUUCUGCACAGGAAUGUAUAGGGUUGGAUACAGGGUAUUAUGUGAAGCUAGUGCUUUGUGGACUAAUCAAAUCCAAUCUGUUGGUGAUCCAAUGGAGUGAUGCUGCUGCUGCUGCUGCGACUGCUGCUGCUGCUGCUGCUGCUGCUGUAUGUACGGAUUGGUCCUGUCCGUGGCAUCAUGCAAUGAAAGACAACUGAAAAAACUGUGAUUUACAUUAUGGUGUUACUGUUUCUAAAUGAUGCAAAAACAACUCUCAGAGUUUGUACUGCUGCUGUCUUUGAGUGAUGGUAUUCUGUAUGUCGCCAGAAUUACACGUCUGAGUGAAAGAAACUGUUGAUGUUGAUUUUUGGACUGCCAACUGUUCCGUCUGUCAAGCGUUCUGUCUAAAGGUUGGCUGAUGCGAUCAAGCCAAAGAACAUUUAAGGGAAAUGAGGAUUGGAAACUAGGAAGGACUCUCCUGCUCGGCGCUGCUAGUUUUCUAAUGACAAGGAUAAACUCUCACUACCUGUCUGCAGAGGAAAAGGUCACAUGGAAAACAGGGGUGGGAUGUCUGUCAGCACUGGACGUGAACAUCUUUUUCCUCCUAUUCUCAGCCAUCCUCACCCUUUCUCACCUGCUCUCCUCCCUCCAGACAGAGGAAGACAGGACAGUCCUAAACAGAGAUUCUGUAUUAUGGCAGACUGGUCAAAGUCUUGAGUGUUUCUUUGCUAAUUUCUACGGUCUACGGUUUCUCCUUAGUGCUGUGAAUCUGCCUUACUGUGACCUUCAAUGGGUUUAUGUGCCUUCAUCUAGAUACAUUAGAGCACCUGUUUGUGUGUCUGUGUGCGUGUGCAUGUGUGUGUGUGUGUGUGCGUGCGUGCGCGUGUGGCAUAUCAUGAUGACAGAUAGUGUGUCUCCUGACCUGUUGCUUGCUCAGCUGGUGGUAGAGAUUUCUCAUUGAUAUAGAUUUGAUUCAACGAUGUGAAAUAAAUAGAAUUUCUUCAAUUUAA